AUGAUUGCUGCUAAUGAUAGCCAUAUUGAUAAUGACAAAGAUAGUAAAGCAUCGAAACUGGCUAUAAAAUGGAAGAAAAUUCAUUUAAAACUAUCUGCAAAUCCACAGAAAUUUGUCGUUACAUUUCCAACAACUCAAGGGAGGAUAACUGUGACAGCCUUGAAAUCGUGCUUUCGAUAUCGAGUACGUCAUUUUCCAACAACUAAUGUUGAAAACUAUCAACAAUACGAUGGACGACAUAAACGAAUACAGAAUGAAUUAUUAAAUUUAGUGGAAUAUGAAGAUAUAAUUAAAAUGAUUACGGAACAACUAUCAAUUUUUAUUCAUAAUCAAAAGAAAAAUUCAAUAAAACUGGCAGUCGGAUGUGAACAAGGUCAACAUCGAUCAGUAGCUGUUAUUGAACGACUAGCUGAAUUGUUAAAAGUAACUUACAAUGUAGAAGUAAUUCAUCGAGAUUUACAAAGAACAAGAUAUGACAAGAAAAAACAAAAAGAAAGAACACAAAAUAGAGACAAAAAAUAUACUAAUUAUGAUGAAAAUAAUUAA